GCAGCGGAGAAGGGGCAUGUGGCGAUAUUGAAGCUACUGCUUUCGAGGCCUGAUGUAGAUCCGGGCUCCAAAGGUCGUGCUCACAUGACGCCGCUAUUGUUUGCGACGAAUAACGGAAACGAAGACGACAUAGUCAAAAUUCUGCUGGGAAACGACAGAGCCCACCCAGACUUUGCAGAUAAAACCGGUCGAACGCCACUAUCGUUGUCAGUGGAUUACGGGCACAAGGGGAUAGUCAAGCUGUUGGUAGAAAACAAAACAGUUGACCCAGACUCUAAAGAUUCGGAAGGAAGAACUCCGCUGUCAUGGGCGGCGGCGAGCGGUCGGUUGGACGCAGUCGCACUUCUCCUAGAAGACGACAGAGUUGACCCAGACACUACAGAUAACCCCAGUCGAACGGUAUUAUCGUGGUCCGCAGGAUCUGGACAUGAAGAAGUAGUCAAACUCCUC